AGCGCUGUUUCCGUGGCGACGAAGACAGCAACUAAAGAUGGCGUCCGGCACCAGACCCAUCCUGUCUUCCACCCCACUUCAGGUCCUCCUCUACCUCAACAGCUACUACUUUGCCGCCUUUUACGUGGCAGAAAUCCUCAUGUUUAUCUACAAAGGCGUUCUCCUUCCAUACCCGUCGGAUAACCUGGCACUGGACGUGGUUUUGUUGGUGCUCUUCCUCGGCCUGGAGACGUUGCGGAUCUUCUACGGCUGGAAGGGGAACCUCUGUGAGCGCUCUCUGGCUUCGGUGUUAUCCCUCCUUCUGCUGCUUCCAUGUGCAGCACUGGCUGUGUACUACCUGCUGCUGCAGACCUUCGUGCUGCGACUGGAGUUCAUCCUGAGCGCCGUGCUUCUCUGUUUCUACGGCCUCCAGUUUCUGCUGGGAUUCUUCGCGAUCCACUCCUUUGCGCGAUCUAAAGUUUACUGAGGGGAAACAUUGUGACUUUUCAGACAUAAAUAGAAAAACAACAGUUUCUCACACCAGUGUAAACUCCCCCUCAUGGACAUGGAACUGUGCCUGACAAUCUUCGGAGUGAACCAGCGACAAUAUCCAUUCGAUCCAUCAAGAAGAAAUGCAUUGCUCAAGGGCACAUUUUUUGGAAACGUGGCAUCAUUGGAACAUUGCCCAACCUGUUACCAUUUCAAUAGACAUUCGUCGUCUUCAAUUACCAUUUCAUACAUAGUUUUAAAAUGAAUGAAAUGAAUGCUUUUCUCAUUGUA